UUAGUUUUCAAGCGGGCGGCACUUAGUACUUCUCCAUAGGCUUGCUUGGGAGAUCGUUCUUGGGCCGUUUGAACGUCGCCGUUUUCAGCUUAUUACCAGAGCUAAUAUUUGCAAACACAAGCAAAUCCGUUUGCGGCCACUCUUCUUUUUCCCCAAAAUUGAAAUCGAAACUGUCAUUGUGUUGGUUGGUACAGUAGAAUCAAAGUUUCUUCCCUUCAGCUCUCCUGUCUCGUAGGCUCUGACUUUUGAGUUAUUUGCGUCAGGUUCGUUCAAUUCAAUUGAAAUUAAUUGAUCCAACUUUCAGUCUUGGGUUGAACAAGACUACAAGUUCCGGCACUCUAGGAGUUGCAGUGACGUCCGAUCAGUUUGUAACAGAAGAAGCAAUUCUUCACCUCUAUGCCCGCUACCUCCAACAGAUAUUGUUUCCUCUCUGCAACAUUGUUACAGUUUGCUUAUUUUACUCGAGCUUGAUUACUAUGACAUGAUCUUCAUAGGUUCCUUUCGACGAACAAUUUGGGCAUAUCCUGAAUUCCUCAAAAGGGAUUCUUUAGUGUGGUUUAGUUGUCUUGUUCAAAACAAGGCUGUUAUCUCAUCACUGUCUGAAGUUUCUACUCCUUCGAAUCCCUUUAAUUAUAUCACUUGUGCAGGCAAGAGAAGAUAUGGGGUAAUAAGACCUUUCCUAGGAGCACAACGCAUGUCCUUGCCUUCGGAUAAUUCAUUGAUGAAAAGAUUGGAAACAAUCGAGUUUCAUAGUGUUACUAGUAAAUUAAUACAUUCAAGAUCCAUGAGCAAUGCAUCAAUUGAGUUAAAGAUGGACGGUGAUGCUGUGAGGUUUUCUUUUAAUAAGCAGGGUAACAUAAAUGGAUCACUGACAAUAGUGAAGGAGAAGGCUAAAAGGUUGAAAAUGUCAAAAAAGUCUAAGCUUAAUGAACUCAGGUUUUAUCGUCUCAUGGCCAAAAAGAAGAUGAACUCUCCAAAUCCAGCAGUUAGGAUUCGAUACAAACUUGAGAAGGCCAAACGGAAGGAAUCAUGGCUUAUUGAGAAGUUGAGGAAAUUUGAGAUUCCUAAAGGCCCCCCUGAAAGAUAUGAUCCAGAAAUUUUAACCGAGGAAGAGAGACACUACUUAAAGCGUACUGGUGAAAAAAAGAAAAAUUAUGUCCAAGUUGGAAGACGAGGAGUGUUUGGAGGUGUCGUUCUUAAUAUGCAUCUCCAUUGGAAGAAGCAUGAAACUGUGAAGGUUGUUUGCAAGCCUUGCAAGCCAGGGCAAAUCCAUGCUUAUGCUGAAGAACUUUCUCGACUGAGCAAGGGCAUUGUGAUUGACAUAAAACCUGACAAUACUGUAAUAUUUUAUCGUGGAAAGAACUAUGUGCAGCCAGAAGUCAUAUCACCUCCUAGUACUUUAUCUAAAGUAAAGGCAUUGGAAAAAUAUAGGUAUGAGCAGUCCCUGGAGCAUACAAGUGGGUUCAUUGAAAAGUUGGAGCAAGAACUAGAAGAGUAUCAUAAGCAUAUUGCUUUGUACAAGAAAAGAAAAGAGGAUGUGCAUUGUGAUUUCUUGGAUAACACUUGUCCAAGAAAAACCUAGACUUAACCAUAGUCUUCCUCAUUGGAGAAUCCAGUGUGUUCAAAAGGAGAUUUUUGGUUUCUGUGGAACAGAGCAACAUUAGUCAAAUAUAACAAGUUUCAUAGUGUCUGUCCAAGUUUACAACACAAAUUUUUUCAGUAAGAAGAGAAAAGAGCCAAUGAAGAAUUGCUGUUCUUGGAGCAUAAUGGUAAACCUGCAGUAAGUUGUCAAGCCCAGAACCGUACGGUGCUGAGGAGGGGGAGCCAUGCUGGUGUUGACUUGGUUUCAAAAUGAUUCAGAUUGAGAAAGAAUUAUUUGUAUCUGUGGUCCAUAGCCAGAGGAGACAUGGAUGGACUUCACUAGGAAAAUGCAUGGAAAACUCUCAAUGGCGUUGGGUUUGAGAAAUAUUUUAUUAAUAAAAUUAGAUAAUUAUCUUAAAAA